AGAAAAAAAAGUUAUAAUGUUUCGCCGAAAUUCAUUUGUUAUAUUGCAGAAUAAUUUCAAAAAUCAUCGUCAUCAUGAAUUCACAACUGUAUCGAAUCAUGAUAGAAAAUGGCGAAUGAAUCGUUCCGAUAAUAGUCCACCAUCACCAUAUAUCAUUUAUAUGAAUCGUCGAUUACAUACAAAUAUUGUGGUUAGAAAAUCUUUUUAUGGAGUUCGUGGCGGUAGCGAUAGCGGUGGUGCUGGUGGUGGUGGUUUCGAUAAAGGACAACCAACAAGUGGGAGUCCAUCGAAUGGUUCUGGUUCAUCGAAUAAAAAUGCGGGCAGCAGCGGUAGUGGUGGUGGCUCCAACAACAAAGACAAGAAUUUUUUAUGCCCAAAUUGUGGCAAUGUUUGUACACAGAUUGAAGAAUUUCUUUCAUCGACACGUUUUGUCAAAUGUGAUAAAUGUGCGAGAUUUUUUGUAAUUCUAUCCGAAAAUGAUUGUAAUAAUCGUACGACUGCCGCUAAAGAACAACAUUCGACGGCAUCCGCUCCGAAUGUACAGAAAACAAAUGAAAAGUUCAAUGUACAACGUAAUCCACCACCGCCAAGAAAAAUUUAUGAAUAUCUGGAUAAACGAAUUAUUGGCCAGAAUAAAGCGAAAAAAGUUUUAUCCGUUGCCGUUUAUAAUCAUUAUAAACGAAUUAAUCACAAUAUAUUAUCACAAUUGAAUAACAACAAUGUUAAUAAUCAGAAUAAUAACAGUAAUCGUAAUGAAAAUAAUGAAGGAUCGAAAAUAAUAAAUAGCAGAGAUGAAUUCAUCAACAUUCCUGGUGCCCAUCCAUUUGGUCUACAUUUACAAAGUUUUCAUCCACAUGACACUGUGGUUAAUUCGGAUAAAUUAUCACAGCAACAACAACAACAACAACAGCAGCAGCAACAACAACAGAAUCGUGGUAGUUUUCUAUUGGAUACAAAUCAAUCGGACAUUCGGUUGGAAAAAUCAAAUAUUUUAUUAUUAGGACCUACGGGUAGUGGUAAAACUCUUCUAGCACAAACUGUAGCCAUCUGUUUGGAUGUUCCAUUUGCAAUUUGUGAUUGUACAACAUUAACACAGGCUGGCUAUGUUGGUGAAGAUAUUGAAUCGAUAAUUGCAAAAUUAUUGCAGGAUGCUAAUUAUAAUGUUGAGAAAGCACAACAAGGUAUUGUUUUUCUUGAUGAGGUCGAUAAAAUUGGUGCCGUACCUGGUAUACAUCAAUUACGUGAUGUCGGAGGUGAAGGUGUACAACAAGGUAUGCUGAAAAUGCUCGAAGGUACAUUGGUAACAAUACCGGAAAGAAAUUCACGCAAAAUGCGUGGUGAACCUAUUGUUGUGGAUACGACGAAUAUUUUAUUCAUUGCAUCCGGUGCAUUCAAUGGAUUAGAUCGGAUAGUUAAUCGACGUAAAAACGAAAAAUAUCUUGGUUUCGGUGCACAAUCAUCCGAAUCACAGGGCCGACGAGCAGCUACUGCAGCUGAUGUUGCUGAUAAUUAUUCAACAGCCGAUUCAUCAUUACUUGAAGAUAUGAUUGAAAAGGAUCAAUUAUUAAAUGCAGUAGAAUCUAGAGAUCUUAUUGAAUUCGGUAUGAUACCGGAAUUUGUUGGCCGAUUUCCUGUGGUAGUACCGUUUCAUAAUUUGACCGAAAAUAUGUUGGUACAGAUUUUGACCGAACCACAAAAUGCAUUGAUACCACAAUUUCAGAAAUUAUUCUCAAUGGACAAUGUUGAAUUGACAUUUGAACCACAAGCAUUGAGAAGAAUAGCUAAAGUGGCUAUGGAAAGAAAGACUGGUGCUCGUGGUUUGCGAGCCAUUUUGGAAAAUGUUUUACUCGAACCAAUGUUUGAAAUACCCGGUACUGAUGUUCGUAAAGUUCAUAUCACCGAAGAUGUUGUGAUGGGUUUGAAAAAAGCUGGAUAUGAAGAUGGUUGUGGCGGUGUGGGAAUGUCCGAUUCAUCAUCAUCAUCAUAUGACAAUGUUCAAGAUAUGGAUGAUAAAGAACGUGCCGUUAAUCCGUGAUUGGAACAUAACAAAACAAAACAAAACAUGGCAAAAUAGGAAAUUUAUAUUUUUUCUUAUUAUAUCGUUGAAUAUUUUUUC